GCGGCAACGCCGCACACUGUUCUAGUUCGAAGUAGAAUCUGGGCACGUCCCUCGCGCCCGAACCGCGGGCCAUGGCAUCGGCAUCGCGUCUCGCGCGCGCACCCCGUCCCCGCCCCGCCCCGGCGUCCUCCCCUUUCGCCGCCGCGCUCCUCGCCUCCGCCUCGGCCCUCCCCGCGCGGCGCUUCCUCCAGCUGCACGCGCACCUCCUCCGCACGGGCCUCCUCGCGCUCUCCCCCAGCGUCCCCGCCUUCCUCUCCCUCGCGGCCGCCUCCCUCACGUCCCGCCGCGCGCUCGCGGUCCUCGACCACCACCUCGCCUCCCCGGCCUCCCUCCCCUCCACCUUCCAGUGCAACUCCAUCCUCCGCGCCCUCUCCGACCCCGCCGACGCGCUCCGCUUCCUCCGCCGCAUGCGCGCGCUCGGCCGCCGCGGGAACGCCUUCACGCUCGCCAUCCUCCUCGCGCCCCGCUGCGGCCCGGCCCACGCGCGCCAGCUCCACGCCAACGCCGUCGCCGAGGGCCACCUCCGCGACGCCCUCCUGGCCACCUCGCUCAUGAGGUGCUACGCGAACGGCGGCGACGGGGACGGCGCGCGCAAGCUGUUCGAAGAAAUGCCGGUGCGGGACGCGGUCGCGUGGAAUGUUCUGAUCGCCAGCUGCGCAAGGAACCGGCGGACGAAGGACGCUCUGAAGCUGUUUGAGGAGAUGAGGGGGAGGGAGAGCGAGGCGGAGCCGGAUGACGUCACCUGCAUCCUACUCCUCCAGGCGUGCACGGCCCUGGGCGCGCUCGACUUUGGGGAGCGGGUGUGGGUGUAUGCACAGGAGCGUGGUUACGGGGGAGAGCUGAAGGUGCGCAACUCCUUGAUCGCGAUGUACUCGAGGUGCGGGUGUGUGGAGAAGGCGUACCGGGUGUUCUGCGAGACUCCUCAGAAGAGUGUGGUCUCGUGGAGCGCGAUGAUCUCGGGUUUGGCAGCAAACGGAUUUGGGGAGGAUGCUAUCUCAGCGUUCGAGGAGAUGAUUAGGUCAGAUGUUGCUCCUGAUGAACAGACUUUUACCAGCAUGCUUUCUGCAUGUAGCCACAGUGGGCUGGUUGAUGAAGGUUUCAGGUUUUUUGAUAUGAUGCGCUGUGAGUACCGAUUGAAGCCAAAUGUUCGCCACUACGGGUGCAUUGUUGACCUGAUGGGCCGUGCUGGCUUGCUUGAUGAGGCUUAUGAGCUUGUGACGAAGGAGAUGAGGGUUGCACCAGAUGCCACAAUUUGGCGAACUCUUCUUGGUGCCUGUCGAAUCCAUGGCCAUGUUUAUCUUGGGGAGCGUGUGAUCGGUCAUCUGAUUGAACUGAAAGCGCAGCAAGCUGGGGACUAUGUUCUAUUGUUGAACACAUAUGCAGCAGUUGGGGAUUGGAACAAGGUAGCAGAAGUCAGGAAGUUGAUGCAGGAAAAAGGAAUACAAACUACACCUGGCUGCACAACUGUGGAGUAUAACGGAGAGGUUCAUGAGUUUAUUGCUGAUGAUGAUGCACACCCAAGAAAGAUGGAGAUUUAUGAUAAGCUCAAUGAGAUAAACAAGCAUUUAAGGAUUGCUGGUUAUGUUCCAAAUGUGUCAUCGGAGCUGCAUGAUUUGGAUUCAGAAGGGAAGGAAAGUGCCCUCACAUAUCACAGUGAAAAGCUGGCAAUUGCUUUUGCUCUCCUUGUGAUGCCGCAGCACAGGCCAAUACGGCUUGCGAAGAAUCUUCGUGUCUGUGUAGAUUGCCACAAUUUCACAAAGGUGUUUUCUGGUAUUUAUAAACGAUUAGUUAUUGUCAGGGACAGAACACGAUUCCAUCAUUUCGAGGGAGGAAAGUGUUCAUGCAAUGAUUAUUGGUAGAAUGGUAGUCCAUUCUUGCUUGUAUGUUGCAUUUGCAGUGCUUGUAUCCGAUACCAGUGCAACACUGAAUGCUGCAAUUGGCAACCAUGAGGUCAUAAGCACUUAAUGGGCUCUAAUACGAUGAUAACACAAGUGACAAGUGGGUUAUGGCCUGUCUGCUGUCAUCAGUAGUUAAAGUGCUACUAUCAACACCUAAGAAUAAGGCCCAAGAAAAUAUAUCAACAUACCAGGCGUUCACAAUAGGACUGCAGAUGCAGCAUAUCACUAUGUCAGUAUUCAGAUCUUGCCAAGAACUGCAAUAUUUAAGAGGACAAACACAAAGAUAUUGACUAAUUAGAAGGGUCCUUUAUACUGGUAAUAAAACCACAAACUCGGCUAAUAACAUGAAAAGUUUACUCUUUUAUGCUUUCUAUAAAAGCAGGGUUAUCCUUUAUCGAAAAAAAGGUUUGCUCUUUUCCCUUGUAUAUUGGUCUGUCACAAAUUCUGUCAACACCAAGUGUCCAUUCUGCACUGCAUCUGGCAUGUAGAGACUUGUCAGAAAUGAAUAUAAUUUAAGGGGGAACAUGCAUCCCCUGUACCAUUUUUUCUUCCUGAAUAGAUGGAUAUAUUUUUUCCUGCAAAGAUAUAUUUUAUGUGCAUUUUUUCUCUUGUUUCUUUUGUUGUCACUAGUUUUCGCAAAUCAAAUCUGCCUGCUACUCUUGCAGCAUCUUGAAAGUAUUGGUACUGCAAUUUCUUGGGAUUUGAAGUUCCAACAUAGAAAAUGUUUGCUUGCAAUGAAAUAGAACCAGGUUUACUCUAUCAGCAGAUCCUGGAGAUGAUUUGAUCUUUAUACUAUGAAUUCACACAGGGAGCACACGGUGCUUGCAUGUCCUGAAUCAUUGCUUGCACCUUUUUUUUUCCUGGAACUGAGUCUGAAUUGGCAUAGCAUGGCAUUCUUCCUCAUGAUCCAACCUUUGCUCUUUUUCCUAUCUUUCGUCGAAUGCGAUGUCAUUUAAUUACCAGCUAAUGAUGAGUUCUUUUCUGGACUGCAGCUAACCCCCAGCACCAACAUCCACAUCUUUGAAAGUUGAUGAUUGUUGAUGUGAUGCCAAAUGGCCGGUGGCUGAAGGCUUCGGAAUCAAACUGCAGGAGGGAACAUGGAUCAAGUCCGGUGACCCCUGCUGCUCCGCGAAGCCAAUGGCUGUUUAGUUCUCCUUCUCCUUGGACGUCUGAACACCAUUGGCUCCAAGGUCUGAACAGGGAAACACACAGCGACCUCAGCGUAUGCCCAAUGAUUUGAAGGCUGCUUAGUUUACUUGCGCUGAUGUGACCCUGUGUCGCGUAUCUGUUGUUUCCUCUCCUCCCUGACAGGCAUAUCCGGAGCACAGUGGAAUAUCCUCGCGAAGAAGGUUCGCCAUCAAUCAUGGAUCCUCGAUUCAGGCAUGUAUCCAUCUGCUGUUGAUCAGAGUUAGCUGACGAAAUGCACAUGCUCUUUUGACCAAAAUCUCUGAUAAGAGUCUCUGUUAGGUGCCCUUAGCUAGGGAGAUGCUUUGGUAGCCAAGCAAAUAGUGGUGCCUUUCUGCACGCAAGCUGCGUCGCAUCUCCCGUGUAUUAUCAGACCUUACCUUUUCAUCAGAGAGGUUAUCAGGCUUUUAAUGAAUUCCUUUUUUUUAGUGGCCGUCGUUCAUCUUGUGAGGCAGACUUGAAGCAGGGACAAAGAAGGAGCACGAUUGCACGAAGCAAGAAUGUCACGUCCAA